UUUUUAAUUUUCACUUAUGAUUAUAUUCUGUAUGGUUCCCUCCUAAUCUGUUAGCCAUGGAGCUCUCUUCGCUUCUGAGUUUGGGUUCAUGGUCGAGGGUUCCUCUUUCCCCUUCCCUACUAAACCCCAAUCUCUUCUUCCACCGCUCCAAUAAUCUCUCUCUCACUUGGAAUUGGAACCUUCCCACCUCCAACCCUCAUCUUCUUCCAAUCGCAGCCACUUCCACCAACCAUUCUUCUUCCCCAAAUGCCAGAGCCCAACCUCAUUUUCGGGACUUCUGGAGUGAUUCUCAGUUCGUUGAAGUCAUCGCCAUUGGCAGUCGCAAGGAUGCGGUUCUCAAUUUCUGUCUCGAUUCGCCAUUUCAGUCUUCGUCUCUGCGAUACUGGAACUUUGUGGUUAAGGACUCGACCAAUGUGCAAUUACAGCAACGGGUUCUUGGAAAAGAUUCAGAUUCAGAUUCGAUAAAUCUUGAAGUUCCGCCAUCUUUAACAUCAUCGUCAAAGAUCAUAAUCCUUGUGGCAAGCGCUGGUUAUGGUGUAGAUCACAUGCUAGCAGUUGAUAUUCUAAAGAAAAUAAGAUCCGCAAAUGGGUUUACUGUUGCUAUUGUCUUGGAGCCAUUCAACUUUGAAGGACAGAGGCGGCUUGAUGAGGUCAAAAGUUUGAUGGAAAAAAUUAAGGAGCAUACUAAUUUAUUAAUUGAUCUUGACACCAACAAGUUACUGAAAAAGGAUUUGGUUACACUAGAUGAGGCUGUAAAGACUGCAAAUAAUGCUGUCUUGCUUGCCAUUACUUCUGUAUCUGUUCUCAAAUCUGAUAUGCUGACAAAGCUUAUUGGUUCAUCAUGUAAUGAUUUGCGAGAGAUCAAAGUUCCAGAAAUUUUUAGUAUCCUGGAAAGAUAUAAAGAAGCAAAGAUUGGAUUUGGAGCUGGUUACAACAUUAAGAGUUCAGUUUUACAGUCCAUGUAUGAUUGUCCUUUCCUCGGUGUAGGUGUCAAGGACUUGAAUGGCGUGGUUAUUUGCAUAGUUGCAAGUUCAAGUAUCAUUGGCAAAAAUGAUACAGAUGCAUUUGUGCAUAGUUUUCGCCAGACCACAGAAUAUACAAAGGAAAUAUUGAUAUCCACUAUUUAUGAACCCAGUCUGGAGCCUGACCUGAUUGUAACAACGAUUCUUGUUAUUGGGUUUACUGAACAACAGGUUUCUCAGGAAACUGGUAUAUUGACUAGACUUGCCCAGCGUUUUCCAUUCAUCUUUAGGCUUCUGAGGAGAAGCCAAUCAAGUGAAACCCAGGGAAAUAGUUUACCUGAGGGAGCAUUUUCUUCUGAUGAGAUAGAUUCGCCAGAAGUGAUGGAAAAUGUAGAGGCUGCUGAAGGUUUUGUAAGUGAAUCCGAACAAGCUGAGGAUGGGUUCUCUGAGGCUUGUAUGGAUUCUUUCAGUUAUUCUGAUCAACCACUCACGGAAGAAAUUCCCACUUUCCAAAGAGAGGAGCUUGUUAGUUGGAAUGUGGGGACGGGGCAUCAAAUUGCACAGGAGUGGGCCAAAGAAAGAGCAGCUGAAGCGGGAGCUACUUCAACGUUUGAUAAGCUAAGCAUCUUCUGUCUUCCAGUUGGUGUGAAACCAGUAGUGUUGAAAGAUAGAUUUGAUAUCUCAUCAAAAAACCCAAUGCCAAAUGCUGAGGGUAUUCUGAAAUCAAAUCCAGGUGCCAAUUCAAGUAUAGCUCCUUGGAAUGAGUUGACUGACACAGGCCUUGAAGCAAUGAAGGAUUUAUAUAAUACAGCUUCAACACUCCUAAAAGGGAACUCUUCUGAUCCUCCUAAAAAACAAAGACUUCUUUCUGUUCGUGCAGCAUCUAUGCUGGAAGCAGAACGUGAUUCACCAAAAAAUUGGAGUCCUACUGUGAAGAUGAAAUAUAGAGGAGGAAUUUACAGAGGACGAUGCCAAGGAGGUAUUCCUGAAGGAAAGGGCCGUUUGGUUCUUGAAGAUGGAAGCAUAUAUGAUGGAAUGUGGAGAUAUGGCAAGAGGUCAGGUUCGGGCACAUUCUACUUCAGUAACGGGGAUGUAUUCCAGGGUUCUUGGAGAGAUGAUGUCAUGCAUGGGAAGGGGUGGUUUUAUUUCCACUCUGGAGAUAGAUGGUUUGCAAACUUCUGGAAGGGAAAGGCUAAUGGUGAAGGCCGCUUCUAUUCCAAGUCCGGGGAAGUCCUUUUUGGUCAUUUCCAGGAUGGAUGGCGACAUGGCGAGUUCAUUUGUAUUGAUGUGGAUGGAAGAAGGUGUAUUGAGAACUGGGAUGAAGGUAUUCUUAUAAGCCGUAGCCCAUUAGAGUCUCAUAUCUAAUCUGGUGUCUCAACUCUUAAUAUAUAUUUAUAUAUACUAUAUGUGAAUAUUCAUUAUUAUUGGUGAAAGCAUAGGUAGAUAGUGAUGUAUCAUAUCAUGUAUGUAUUGAUUUGAAAACCAAAUCCAAAUCAAAGCUGUAUGUGGUCCUCCCUGUAUCUGCAUCCACACUUAAAGUUGUUCAUCAUUAUAGUUUAUAUAUAUCUAUAAUAUAAUUUUUUUACUCUUUUA